UAACCUUUUUAUUCCAUUAUUUUAAUUAUUGUUUUACAUAUUAUUAUGAUUAAACUUGUCUAUUGACUAGGAAGUAGCGCGAGAAUCUCCUUAAAGCAAAUUAGUGACUUAAUAAAAGCGUCUUUAUAAAAUUCAAGGCCAAUCUCUUGAUUGAUCACAAAUGUCGUCAUCACUUUGAACGACUGCUCUAAUAAUUAUAUUAUUUUUUUCUCCGGAUCUUGGCUGUUAGCGCAUAUGGCUGACGCUAGGUAGGUAAAGUAGAUUAUUCCGCAUCGCUCGCCCUUCCCCUCUCACGUGGUUCGCGUGUGGGGUAACAGUGGAACACGGAACUGGAACGGAGGGGCUGUCUGUCGAACACGGGACACGGGGAACAGCGAACCAUUGUAUUUUCACAGAGUCUGUACGUCGUCCGUGCUUGAUAUUUUUCGUAUCGAAGGUAGAAGUCGGUGGUGUAGUGACGUGACUGAUUCACCCCGGUCGUCACGCUCGCGUCGGCAACGUCGCCGCCGCCGCCGUGUCCCGGUCUCGCGACCGACGGGCCAGGUUGGCGUGAACGGAAUCGCCACGGGUCGGGAGAGCGUAACCCACGUUCACGCCUGCGAGAAGAGGACGACGUCGCGACGGUGAGACGUGUGUGUUUUCGCUGACCCUAUUUUCAUCCUGGAGGCUCGCCGGACGCGACGUCGACUUGGAGAUCGGAUCGACAUUCGCCGAACGGCUGUUUCUGGAAACCGGAACACCGCGUUCGAGCCAUUCGUUGAUCGAAAGAGGAAGAAGAGAGGGAGAGAAGGAGAGAAGAGAUAGGAAGAGAGAGGGAGUGUGAGAAUUUCUCGACGAAAAUAAGGGAGGUGCUGCGGGAGAGCGACGGGCGGUGAAGUGAUAUUUCAUUGAGGAAGAAAAACAUGACGGAUACGAUGUCGUCAUGCCUCGUCGUGUCGACCGAUAGAUCCCGAAAGGUCACGUCGGGAUCCUCGUGACCGAGCUCUUAGAAACGUGCUCGCGUAUUCGAUACACGUUUGACGUGAAGCGAAGCGAAGAUCUCGCUACAUCAGAUCCUAGCUCUAUCGUACAGUGUCGGUUACAAUAUAUCUCGAGAUUAAUAAUUUUUCGAUAAUUCCCACCGACGGAAUUACAACGGCUCGAUUUACGGUACGUGAAAGGGACUCUUCCUCGAAUUCGCUCGGAUUUACCAUCCAUCUCGGCUAUGGUUGUAGCUAGCAGCGGUGGUUGGGUACAAAAUGCCAGUUCGCCCGCUGGGCAGAACAACUCCAAUGUGAGUCAGAACAACAACACGCCGAACAACAACCAUAACAAUAACAAUUAUCGUAGAAAUACAAUAUUAAAAAAUCCAAGCAUAAAGAUGACCGCGAAAGGCGUGCUGAUCUGCCGGGACAAUUCCCAUCCCUUCCUAGAGCGCACAUUGACGUUGGAACAGCCGAUGAAGAUCGGCCGUUCGGUGGCCAGGGCGAGAGCUGCGACGAACAACGCGAUCUUCGAUUGCAAGGUGUUGUCCAGGAAUCACGCUCUACUCUGGUACUCCUCUGGUAAGUUUUACCUGCAGGACACGUGCAGCAGUAAUGGCACGUUUGUGAAUAAUCAGAGACUCAGCGCUUCCGGGCUGGAAUCAACGCCCAAGGAGGUAUGCUCCGGGGACAUAGUGCAAUUUGGCGUGGACGUUGUGGAGAAUACGAAGAAGGUCACCCACGGGUGUAUAGUCGCGACCUUGAAGCUAUAUCUGCCAGACGGAAAGGAGGCUAAAGCCAGUCUCAGCACUUCUGUCAGCUCACCCGCUGGGAACGUAUCCCUGGAGGAUCUUUACAAGCUCAAUCAGAUAAUGCAGGAGGCAUCGAGACGGGAGAAAGCCUUGUAUUCUAAACUGGGCUACUUGCAACAGCUAGUGGAGAAUACUCGGAAAGCCGCUAAUCAAUCGUGGAAGGCAUUGAUCACGGAGGAUCGUCUAUUGUCAUGGGUGAUGACUGUGGAGAAUCAACUGACAGUGUAUUCGAAGAAUUAUACUGAGGAUAAGAUCAGAAAUGAGCUUGCGAAGCUUCAGGAUGAAAAGGCGCAGUAUCAGAAUGCUGCCAAGGAGGCGUUGCAGAAGGUCUUGCAGGAGAAACUGGAGGUUACUCAGAGAUUGGUACAGUUGGAAGGACGUUUGAACGAAACGGAGGAGGAGUGUCAGAGUUUGCAUAACGUAGCCAAGUAUACUCAAACGGAGCUUCAGGAGCUCAGCGCGAAAUACGCGGAGGCGCAGAAGAAGCUCCAGGAGACCACCAACAAGCUCAUGGAAAGCGAGGAGAAGGUGAAGGAUGUGCUGCUCAGUGCGGAGCAAGAGAAACGGGAUCUCUCGAAACGGCUCGAGGAUCAGUCAAAAAUCGAGAAGAAUCUGCGGGCGAAGUUGCAUGAUUCGCGAUUAGAUUCCGUCAAUAUCUAUAAGCAAAUCACCGCUUUAAGAAAUUACGCGCAGACUCUGCAAGAUAUGAAUCUAAAGCUCGAGAUCGGUGAGAAUUUUGACUCGAAAGGCGAGGAUCCCAUAGAAGCCAUAAACGCUAUCCUUAACAAAUUGAAUUCCAUUCAUGUCGAUAAUAUGGAUGUGGACAGUGAAAUUAAUUUUUACUUCAACAAGAGCGAGCAAGAUAAUCAGUUUAAUUCGUCAGAUGUCGAUCCGAAGCUGAAGUCCGAUUUAUCUUUUACCAAAGACCAGAUGGACGAUCUGCAAACAACCGACGAUAGUCUCACGGAAUAUAUUCUGCCACCGUCGUUAUCCAGGCGAACUUUAGUCAAUGGAAAUCUGGGCAAUUUGGACAACGGCGAUACUAACGGAGACUCCGACACAAACUCGGAAGCGACCGAUGACGCGAGUAGUGUUACAAAUGAUGAUACAAGUGAGAAGAGCGUUAUAGAGAAUAAGAAGGAAGAGCUGGACACAGUUGGACAAGAGUCCAUGCAGACAUUUGUGCCCUGCAAGAUGGAGGUGCGAUUCGCAAACACUGAAAAUGGUCAACAAUCGGAAGUAUAUCACGAGCCAAUAAAACAAAUUGCCAAAGACGAUGAAGUGAAAAUUUCGAUGGGAGUAGAUGUCUCUAUAGAUACCGAGGAUGCGUUAGACAGUUCUAUCGUUGAUCCUGUGAUAGAUAAGGUCGACAAAAAAGAUCAACAACAGGAUAAUAAUAUCGUGCCAGAGUGUGAAGAACGCGCGGAAGGAGAUUACGUUAAGACUUUAAAACCUAUUACGAAGAACGAUACCAUACAGCAAGCCUUUCAUUCCAGGGACUACAUCCUGCAGACGUUGAUCGGUUCUCUGGAUUCGUUAAGAGGCGAAGAUAGCCUGGAGGCGCGGCAGAUAGUACAACGUGAAUUGGAGGAGUUGAAGGAUUGGCUGAUUCGCGAGCCAAACGAGAUCGUCAUCGACAGGCUGAAAGAGCUGUAUUACCGCGCGAAGAACGAGGCACAACGGAUGCAGGAAGUCAACGAGGAACUGGUUAUAGUGAAAGAGAAAUACAACGCGUUCGUCGAGGAGAAAGCGGAGCUUUCGAAGAAAUACAUGUCCCUCAAAUCGCAGUGCGGUGAUUUGCUCAGUACGACUUAUACUGUGCCAAUACACUACGUGGCACCUAUCGUGAUCAUGCUGGUGUGGAUGCUGUUGGAGAAAAUAUUCUAAUCACAUCUCUCUCCCCUGCCAUCAAACAUUCUUUUCUGUACAUAUAACACGCGCUACGACAAAUGUUUUAGUCUUUCCACUUCUCUUCAUUCUUUUACAAUAUCGACUGUAAUUGAUUGUAAAUUAUGUUAAGCUUAUCCGUUUCGUCGUUUGGAAACGACCAUAUCGAACACAAUUUAAUGUUUUUUAUACAAACAAUCGUUAAGAAUUGUGUGUACAUAUAUAUAUAUAUAUUUGUUUAAUUUCCCGAAUCGAAUCUCGGGGUUAAAGAUAAGGAGUUUCUCGUUAAAUAAAAUGCGAUGUUAAGCAUAGAAUGUGUCGCGUUAAUACGCCUUAUAAAAGGGAGGAGCAAGAUCAAAGACGAGGAAAAAAUUGUUUAUUGAAUGUAUAUGUAUGUAUAUCUUGAACACAGAAGCUCGACUUACGCUCUCUGGAGAGUAAAAGUAAUUGGAGAAAAUGUAGGCACGAUACCACGUAAAAUGUUCAACAUGCUGCCAAGCUGCUGAGUAUCAUAUCUUAUAAUAUGGCUCAAUUUUAUAAUAUAUCACAUAUUUUUUUCCGUUGCAUAUUAAUUUGUUUAAAAAUGAUAUGUUUUUUCCAUAGCGUAUUCUAAAGAUUGAAAUAUGUAGCCUUCACUAGAAUUUUUUCGAGAAUACUCUUUUUGAAAAUAAAAAAACAACACACACGCA